CUUCUAUCCCCAUCACACCAGACUCGCUUUUACAACAUACACUCACAACUUUUUGCUCAUCGCACCAAACUCGACUCAACAUGGCAUCUUUCCAAGGCGUCCCAAUCGAGAAGAUUCGUGAACACUUCAUGCGCGAGGAGUUCAGAAACGAGAUGUUCGACAACAUGGUCGUUGACUGCAUCGAUGGGAACUCCGGCCUUUUGUUCGGACAACCUCCCAUUCCUCCAGAGCAACGCAUCCAGGAACUCGACAGCGACGAAGAACCAGCAGCCGAUCCUACCGAAGAAGAUCAGGAAAAGAAGAAGGAGAAGAACAAGAAGAAGUACCUCCGCAAGAAAGAAAAGGCUCAGGCUGAGAAGGCUCAAGCCGAGAAGGAUGAACUUUUACGCCGACUUUCUGAGCUGAGAGAGCCCGCCAUGAAGCGCAUUGCUGCUUUGUCUAUCAAGGACAAGGAAGCUGCUUCUUCCGCCUCGCCCGCUUCAAUCAACCCCGGAGUCAACACAGCUACCGAUACAGACGCCCCUCAGCCCAAGCUCUCGAAGCGCCAGAAAAAGACUUUGCUCAAGAAGUCCAAACAAGCCCAGGCUGCUGCUUCCGAAUCCGAGACCGCUGGUUCGCUGACUGACGGGAGUCUCGCCACCAAGCCCAAACAGAAAGACACCGAGUCUCGUCAUGUCAAGUCUGAGGCCGCUCGAGUCGAGCUGAGCAAGGAAGGAAGUAAAGCUCUUGAUGUCGACAGCAAGAAGCAGAGAAGCGGCAAGGGCGUUCUGAAGGAGUCUGAGGCUGAGGUCGAGGAUGUGAUGGCUACUGUCGCAAAACGCUUUGGUCAGUAAGAGAGUGUCGCAAUGUGGGAGAAUAUGUGCAUUUGGAGGGCCUGUCCUUGCUCGUCGAGACCAAUACUCUAUCUGCUCCUGCUCCGAGCGCUGCUGGUGAGAUUUAGUUAUUGCAAGAGUGAUUGAAGAAGGAUUAUGCAAGUCUGGGAUUGAAAGAGAAAGUUCGUUCUUCUGUCACUCUUUCCCUCCUGCCAACUUCUCACACAAGCAAUCGAUUUGUGUUCCUGCC